CGAAUAACAGAAUUUACAGAACUCUUCUUCUUCCCCUUUCCCUUCCUUCUGCUUCUCUUCUCCUGCUCUAUUCUUUCUUAAUCCUUCCCCUUUCUCUUCUAAACCUGCAAUUCCCUUCUCCGUUCAAGCAAUACUCCACAUCAAUCGCCGGAAUCGAUCCUUCAUCCGACCCGAGUGUUACAACUUGGUAUCAGAGCCAUUUUCCGGCAGCCAUGGGUCCACCGAUGCGGACGAUAGAAGACCGGUUAGCCGUCAUUGCUAAUCCGGCGACUGACCCGAAGCUUCGAGCUUGUCUAGCAACUUCGGAGGUGUCGUUCUUGCAAUUCAUGAUAUCGAGCAGCAGAUUCAACGGGAAACAACGGGAAUCGCCUACUUUCCGGCCUUACGUCGACCAACUUCGCUUCUGCCAGGCGUAUCUGGCGAGUCUUUCCCCAGCCAACACCGACGACUGUAGACUCACCGGCAAUCCAUUGCCCCCGCUGCCGGCAGAGUUAGGCGGGGAUCGGCGUGUUCCAUUUCAGAUUCAAGAAAAUCGCCCAUCAACUGUUCGACGAAUUGACGAGCAGAAGGUUUCUACGAUGAAGACUCCCUUGCCGGAGGUAGUUUCUUCUGCCUUCAUUCCAAUUCGUAAGUCUUCCAACCAUCUCCCUGCCGCAACUGGAAUUCACAGCCUACCGGAAGGUAAUUCUCAAUCUACUCAGCUUUUGGAGUUUCCCUCUUUCGUCAACGAGUUUAACGAGCUUAGGCAGCAAGGGUCGCUGUCAGAGUAUCAAACACAGUUUGCGAAAUUGAAAUCAUUGAUGGCUCGAUUUAGUCCUGAAUUGGACGAGGAGUUUUUCAUUUCAAGAUUUAUCAGUGGUUUAGAGGAAGAGCUACGACCAGUUCUGUCCAUGUUGCAGCCCUAUAUUAGAACAUUAUCUCAACCCUACAAUCGAGCUCAAUGGGAAGAAGAUGCCAUUGCGGCCUGCAAAUUACAGCUUGGUGAUUUCGUAGGUUCGGAUGUAGAACAAGACAAUGUCAAGUCGGCUCAAGAGUUGGUAGGUGUAAAUAUGGAGAAUUUAGGCAGUGUGGCAGCGGCAGAGACUAAUGGUUCAUAUUCAGAAGUGAGUACGGUGAGUGUAGAUGGACAUGUUUUGCCCGCCCUUGUUUCAACCUCGAAAGACUAUACUUGGAAGGGUGACUUAGCUGUUGAUAAUGGGGGUAUUACAGCAAGCAGGGAUGGUGGCUUGGCAACUGCUACAACAACUAAUGAAGGUGUUCUACUGAUUGAGAAGGCCUUGGAAACGGGUCAUUCGCAGUUGAAGCAGAUUAAAGCCAACCUAGUUGCUGCUGCUGAGUACAAGGACACAGCUUCAUACUUUGCAGUCUUGGACACAAUGGGAAUUGUCAUAACAAUUGCAGUGUCCCCUAGUAGCAUAGAAUCAGAAUCGACCCUGAAGAAGUCGAACUUGGACAAGAACGAACCCAAUGUUGAAGGUGAGGUACUGAUUGCAAAAGCUUAUAUAUUGGCUACAGGUGUGGUUCAGAAACCAGAGUUCAAGUUGCUGAAUAUCAAUGACAGUUUCACUAUGCUGUCAACUUCUCAUGUGGCUGCCAAUGCUAGGGCUAUUGCUGGGCAAACCAUUGAUUCCAUUUUUUGUCCUGGUGAUGAUGAAUUUAGCACUCUGGCUGCCAUUGUGAACUGCUGCAACUCCAAUAAGGGGUAUGGUUUCAUGCCUGAAUCAGUGGGUUGCAGGGGAAAUUUAAGGGAGGGCAGCUGGGAUUAUGAGUAUCGGGUUUAUCCCACUUAUUAUGGUGUUUGGGUAAUUUCUCAUGUCAGUGGUAGUGAUCCUGAUUUUUGUGAAGCAUAUAAAGCUGCUUUUCCGAACUCACAACUUACUACUGCAAAUGCUCGGAAUGGAACUAUGGUGGCUCCACCAUUCCCCUUCGUAUUGGCGGAAGAUGGUGAAGAUUUAAGUGCAGCAGACAAUGUAAAACUAGAUCAAAAAGCUGCUUCUUUGCUUGGAAUUGCAAACACCUAUAUUAAGUUGUUUGACCCGGGUGGAGCUGGGUUACCAAGUGAUUUCAUUGCUACUGGAUCACCUCGCAAGCUGUACAUCUCAUGUGAUUUUGAGGUUGACGACAACUACUGUUAUGCCGUGGUAUCUAAGGGCAGGGGUGAUUGUCCCAAUUUUAAAGGACCAUAUAAGGAUAUUCUUGCAAGCCAAGCUGUUCUCAGUGACAGGUUUAGUUGGGUGUCUAUAGAAGCUUUGGAUUUCAAUGGCUGUAGUGGAAGUAAUUUGAGGGUUGGUGAUGCUUUUCUUGGGAUAUUGGCGGUUAAGGGUUCCAGGAUCAGUUCUGAAAAUGAUACACCAGCCAUUGCUUUGGUUCAAGUUCUUGAUCGGCUAGCCAUUGAUUUCAUUACUUGUCUUGCUGAUGUGGAUGUUGAGUUUGUGGCUGUCAGGCGGGAGUGCUGCCACUCCGGUGUGGGGCAUGGUUUCACUUCUGAAUUGGUAGGGUGCAGUGGGGAACUGGGGCAUAAUAGCUGGACUCAUGGAUAUAAGAUUUUUCCUACCUACUAUGGCGUUAGUGUACAUCACUCGGUGGGUGGCUGUAGUUCUUCCUCGAAGCAGCAGCAAUGACUUGGUUUCCUUGGGCCAACCGGCUUUCAGCUAUUUCCACUUUCAGCAAGAGUUCCACGAUGUGACAAGGGCAGAUUACAACAAUGCUUCCUAUUGCAGCAGUGAGAUCCCUUCAUCCGACAGCAUUUGUGGUGUUGUUGGGGAUUGUUGGAAUAUGGAAAUAUGUUGGUUAGUUUCAGCUUGUCCAAACAACUUGUCAUGAUGCAAUUGUUAUAGCUUAAGUUUCUCUUUGUUGGUCUUAAUUGUUCUUCAGACUUGAGGACAAGUCUGUCCUGAAGAGGUCGGGAUUGUAAUGGUCAGGAGUGAACUGUAAAACCUAUUAGUUUAGGGACUGCUUUGUAAUUGAGCAAGUCAUAUAAAUAGGUAAACUUUGUACUGAAAUCAUUAUCGAAUAGCAGAAUUUACAGAACUCUUCUUCUUCCCCUUUCCCUUCCUUCUGCUUCUCUUCUCCUGCUCUAUUCUUUCUUAAUCCUUCCCCUUUCUCUUCUAAACCUGCAAUUCCCUUCUCCGUUCAAGCAAUACUCCACAUCAAUCGCCGGAAUCGAUCCUUCAUCCGACCCGAGUGUUACACUAAACCUCCUCGCUUCAUUUGUUUGUGCUCGCUUUUUCCCUCUCUAUGUGUGGUCGCCAUAUUAGGGUUAUUACAUUUUAGUUCAAUUUUGAUAGCUUGCCGCUGUUGCUACUACUCCAGCUAGCCUUCACGGCCAAUAGCCCCAGCUGCUUGACUGCUCCGGCUUAGAUCUUUGACCAGUUCGACGCAUUACUCUGACCAGAGUUUCUACCGUAUUGACACAUCUGUGAAAGAAAGACUCCACUUUGAUAUUUCAUCAAACAUCAGGUGUGCGCUACAGUAUGCUAUGUUUCAUAUGCCCCGGGGUACGCUUCUGUACACAUUUAAGAAUAACAUGAGAGGAUCAAAAUUGAGCAAUAAAGUGCCAAUAUUUGU